AUGGCAGGACACGUAGGGUUCCACAAGACGUAUUACAGGAUAGCCGCAAGGUUUUGGUGGCCCGGGAUGGCAAAGGAUAUCAGAGAAGCAGUCCUAGGAUGCGGACAUUGCAAUGCAGCCAACGCGUCGAGCCACAAAAACCAAAAGAUUCUACAACGGACCCCGAUAGAAGAACCAUUUGACGUAUGUUGCAUGGACGUUUGGUCGCCAGGAUCAACAAAGAACGCUAACAAACUGUCCACAACUUUGAGGAAGACACUCACCAACAAAGGAGUAGUCACUUACGUUUGCAACAUGACAGGUUGCGCCACGGUCGCUUUCAUCAGCUCCAUGGACUCAGGGAACAUGGCCAGAAUAGCAUUCUCGCAAUUCUUCACCGUCAGAGGCCUGCCACGAUUGAUCCUCAUUGACGAAGGCAGCGAAAACAAAGAUCAAUUUACAGCCCUAUGCGACACAAUUGGAAUCGCAUACACGGUCAGUCCGGAAAGCCACGACGGAAUACUAUGUGAAGGAUUCCACAAAUACCUCAACAAGAAUGGGCAAUGA